CCAUUGUGGAUCCACGAUACAAAAAAGAAGGAUUUCGUUUACAGAUCAAUGCUGAUCAAGGCGCCGUUUUGUUGGAAAACAUGUUGACUAACUACAACGGAGAACAACCUGAAGAACCGGAAGCAGAACAGCCAGUACAAGUCUCACACGAGCAAACUCUGCUUAAGUUUAUAAAAACCAAAAUAGAAAAGAAGAAAAGAAACAAUAGAGUCGACGCAAUUGUGGUUCUUCGACAAUAUUUUGAAAAAAUGAAUACCGGAAAUGAUUGCAACCCAUUAGAGUAUUGGAAGAGCAAUGAAAGUGACAUGCCAGCUCUAGCCAAUGUGGCAAGGAAAGCUCUGUGUGUUCCCGCAACCUCGACGGAGUCCGAGCGGAUGUUCUCAAAGGCCGGACAAACUAUUUCGGAUCGUAGAUCCGCGCUGAAACCGAAAAUUGUUGAUAAACUAUUGUUUACCGGAAUACCUUUUUAUUUAUAGACAAUUCGACGUGAGGCGGGCAAAUGACGAGCACAAAGCGAGCGUAAGAUUGCCGUAGGCAGAGCGUCAAAGCAGAGCGCAAAAGCAAUGCCGGCUAAAAGAAGCACAAAUACAAAUACAAAUGCGAAUGCGAAUACAAUAAAAAAUCAAAGGAAGAGGAGAAUGUGAAGACAAAAGCAAAUGCACACACAGUACAACU